AUGCGGUCCGAUGCUCUCCUAGCUCUCCUGGACGAGAGCACCAAGAGGGCCAUCUUCGAACGCAGUGUAAAGAAUCUCAAUUUCACCGCGUCACUAGACCUUGAUGCACUUCGGACUGCCGUGGCCUUGGCGCCCACGGUAGAGUCGUCACAGUCAGACCAUGCAGUUUUAUGGGAUGGAUUGCUCCACUGGAUAGACUGUGUGCAGCGUUCACCGGACGAGAAUACGCAUGGGCGUCUGUACGAGAUAGCUGACAUAUGUCUCGGCAAUGGCUUCGUCAUAGCCUCGCGCUUCCACGAUAGGCUUUUCUCUGCACUGAAGACAGUCCUUGCAGACUUGAGCAUCAAAACUUCGUCUAGGGCGUCGGCAGGGCAUUUCUCCGAUCCAUCAGAGGCGGCGAGCCCAUCCAACUUGGCCGCAGCAUAUCUCAGGUUCUUGCGCUGCUCGUUUUGGCUACCUUCGGAUCGACACCAUCUGAUCAAUGCUGAAUGUAUUUCGAUCAUUUCAGGCUUCAUCGGUCUAGAACUAGAAGACAUUGCGCUGGAUACAUUGUCAGCUCUCUUAUCACUUCUCCAGAAUAGUGAGCAGAUCGCGAUCGCUAGUACACUCAAUAAUCUCCAGCUACCUUCUACUUCCUCCUCAAUAGUCGCUGCGAAUGUGUUAGCAGGAGUGCUCCUUAGUCAUAAGCGGCAUGAUCAAGAUUCACUAUGGACGCAGAUUGUGCACGUUUCGCCAUCAACCUGGCAGACGUACUCCAGCAAAAUCAUGAAAGUAUGGUUUCAAUGGAUUUCGCAAGCUCGUAUGGCCGGAACCGAACUACACUGCUUACGAGACGCUGUCUACUGGCAAAUUGUGUCUAACAAGCUUUCACGUGGUUCUGCAGAAGAGCAAAAGUACUGUCUUGGCAUCAUCUACCAGUCUCUACUUCUUGCAAAACAGGAUAUUGUCACAAAGACUAUGGUAUAUCGUGUGGGCUUGGCCUACCAGACAGCUUACGAACAAUACACCACGCUUUACCGAACUAUCGUACUGAAUCGAUAUCCCAACCAAGUGGAAGCAUGUCUACCCGAGUUGACAGCAUUGCUUGGACCAGGUUCAAAAAUCACUAUGGAUAUGACGGCAAGCUUGCUCUCAGCGGCUUUAGAUUCGCGCGUUCAAGUAGGUGUUCGCAAGAUAAUUGGACAUUGGUACAUGAAUCAUGCGUCCGAGACCGACAAAGUUACCAUAACGGACAGGAACUUCUUCACUGGUAGCUUCCUACCGUGGGCCACAGAAGGCAGCCUUUUUGUUUCCAGUCUCCGAUCGACCCGCAGUGAGACAGUAUGUUCGCAUGGUGCUGCGUUGACCGAUGUCGUCGCACGGUUGGUUGCAACCGAGGGCGCCAGAACUGGCAUAGAAGAUGCAUCAUCUCUACAGUACGGUGCAACCGUCAUCGCUGAUGUCAUCUGCUUCAUCAAUAAUGCUCGUGGUCGAAUCUUUCAACCGGCCAUCCUGUAUCUAUUGGAAGGCCUGCUCAAGGGACUGCAGAAGCGCGCUGCGGGCUCUACCCUAAACGCACUGCAACUCUCCUUGAGUUCCGCAGACUUGGUCGGAAUCUUGACCCUUGCGCGUCUACCUGGGCUACCUGAGAUCUCAACUGAUCUUCUUACUCUAUAUUGUCGAGACAUUUGCGCACUCAUUCGUCCCGACUUUGGCUCUAUGGGCCUCUCAGGAUCCGCACAAUUGCUUGAGCGAGUCCGAAAGCUAUGCGAUCCAGCUGAUGGAAAACAACUCCCUCUCGUGAACUCGUCUAGUGGGGAAAAUGUGUCUUGCUCGUUGCAGAGUUUUGUUGCAGAGUUGAAGCGCUCCAGACAUCGAUCUAUCCAGGACGACAGAUUUGGUCUGAGUUGCAACAUUGUCACCGGUAUACUGGAUCAGAUCGAAGUCUCAUCAAUAGACUCACAGCAGCUCUACGAUAUCUUGCAAGCGUUUUGGGAAGAAGCUGAAAGAUGUGAGUUCGGUAGGCACGUGGCGAUACAUCUACCUUCCGUACUAUUUCAUCCCUCCUGCGUUGCGAUUUGUGUUCAACAACAUUCGGUGCCGACAGGAGACCCCGGAGGUUGUUUGGAAGGCUUGCUUUCGAGAGCCUUGCUACAUCUUCAGCAUUUGUCCAAAGGCCGAUCAUAUAUUCUCUCUGUACUUGGAGUGUCGAUCCGCAAAGCUGUCUUUUGCAAUCCUCCCAUUGCGAACUGCCUCCCUCUGGAGAAAUACAUACUCGAAUACUUGAACGAUCCGCCAACUUCCAAGCCCGAGUUCCUCUUCGAAGUGGCUGCGGCAGAAAAACUAGAACGCUUGGUGAGCCACAAGACCUAUAUAUCGUACUAUGGACAGCGUGAGUGCCAUGCAUAUGCAGCAUUUGUCGACAUGCUGCAGCGCUGGCCUGAAGAACAGUUGGGUAUUGCCAAAAAUAUCUUCGCUGAGCUGGUUAAGCCAUGGCGAGAACAGAAAAUUCCAGCACCUAUCAACAGCCCGUGGAAAGAUACCUUACAGCUACAAGCUAUGCUUAUACUCAGCGACUAUUGCGUUGAAGAGUCUGAUGCGGAUGAAUAUAUAGAGUCGCUGACGUACGCUUUGUCUCAUGAGCCAUGGCCCCGUUAUCGUCAUCUGCUCGAGUGGAUCGUAGCACGUAUUUACAGCCGAUUCUCAGGAAAGACCUUUCGUAUACUCGAAGACCUGGAAAAAGCGGCACAAUACCCCCCUGCGCGUAUUGCAAGUCUUAUCAAGCUUGGACAACUGGUUGCACCAUUCGAGUCGGAAAGAUUCGCAAAGCAACUUCUGCUACAGCUGGUCUGCUUCUCCGCUAGCCCGAAGGUCCAAAUUCGCCAUGAAGCCAAUUUUGCGUUCCCUGUCCUGUUCUCACUAGCAGGAGAAAAGAAAUGGCAAGGAAUCACUGCAGAAGCCACCUAUGCAGCAUUAGAUCACUAUAUUCGGCAGAUGGAAAAGUUCCAUGCCGAUCCCUGGACAAUUCGGACACUGCCAUUGAACGCGAAAGAAGACUAUAGUCUUGUCGAUAUUUUUCAAGGUCGCUAUCUCACUAUAGAGUCGCCAGAAAAGGAGCGAGUGAUCUAUGAGGACUUUAUCUCACUAGAAGCGAUGGAUGAUGCUGAAAGCAUACGCUGUCCCCCGUCCCGCAUACCACUUGGCGAGAAAAGACCGCUCUUUUUCGAUGUCCAGGCUCUGGAAACUCGCCCGAAACAAUACAGCAGUAAUAAUGAUGUCUUCACUGUCGCUCCAAGCUUCCUGCAAACCAAGGCCUUCGACUUCGGCUCGCUUUACCCACCUCCAGACUCCCCUUUCACCAAGUAUCGGCGACCAGCUUCGGUCAUCCUGGUCGCAUCUCUAAUCGACAACCCUACCAAUCUCGGCGGUCUCUCUCGAAUCUCCGAGUCCUUCGGCUUAGAAGCUUUAUACAUCGACGACCUCAAGAAAACAGCACACAAAGACUUCAAGGCAACAAGUGUCACGUCUGAAAAGCAUUUUCCCAUUCAUGCAUUGAAAAUUUCAGAUGUUCCGCAAUUCCUCAUUGAAACGAAACGCAAAGGGUAUGUUGUCGUGGGUGUUGAACAAACGGACCGUAGUGGGAUUCUGGGAGAAGGCGAGGAUGUGGAUGCACAUGGAGGAGCGGCUUCCACACGCUGGGGGAAGAGUAUAGGUACAUUGCCGAAGAAGUGUGUGGUGGUGUUGGGAAGCGAAAAAGGCGGCAUUACGCCAGAGGUUUUGACGGUUAUCGAUCGCUGUGUAGAGAUUAAGACAGUGGGUGUGACAAGAAGUCUCAAUGUGCAAACUGCGGGGGGUAUUGCGCUGUAUGAGUGGUGGAGGGAGUGGGGAGGCAAGAGUUGA